AUGACAUAUGAAAUACAUGCUCCCUUUAAACCGCGUGCUCACGACGAUGCUCGAUUUUACCGUUUGGAAAUUCUGAGUGCACCGAAAAUGGAAUGCCAGUGCGCGCAAACACUGCGAUCCGAUCGUGCGCCAGCGCACCCGCAAGUACACUUCACACUGGUCCUUUUUGAAAUUAAGUGGAUCGGAGCGAACUCCUGCCCUGCAAACACGCCCACUGGGGUUAAUGGAAAUUUAUUUCCUUUGCUUUCGUGUCUAUCUUUUUAAUUUAUCAUCUUUGUUAUUAAUCAGUGCCCUAUUGUUGUGUUCUCAUCCUGUCAUUGUGCCAAUAAUAAUAGCGUUGUAAUAAUAAUAGUAAAAAUAAACUACUGAAUUUCGAUGUUCAUGGAUUAAUGGUCUGGUUGGAAAGUUGCCCCUUUCAAUAUGGCCGCCACGUAGGCGCGCCGGUUCGCCUGGCUGCAGUAGUGUGCAAGCGUAUCUUUAUCACAACAGCGGGAAGUUUUAUUGUCGGAGAAAGCGCACGUUGGCUAACAGCUUCUCAUCAGCUUUUUGCGUACGAGUAAUCUUUUAAGUCCUUUUCCAACCCCCGCAAAACCAGUUUGGCGCUAUGUCGCAGAGAAAGAGACCAAUGUCCAAUACUCAGAGCUCCUCACAGAGAAAAAGACCACAAAGCUCACUGGGCGCUGUGGGUGAGGAUGAAGAUGCAACGUUCACUCAGCCGAGUGUGUCACAGGUCCAGAGAAACCUCGAGAAGCUCUCGCCUUCACAAAUUGACCAAAAGAUAACUGAGGUGGUCCAGUACAUCCUGGUAAAAGAUCAGAAGAAGAUACCCAUACGGCGUGCAGACUUGGUGAAAAAUGUGAUCAAAGAAUACCGAAAUGUCUACCCUGAAAUCAUGAAGAGAGUGACCCACACCUUUGAACAGGUUUUUGGCCUUAAAUUGGUCAAUAUAGACACAAAGAAUCAAUUGUACAUCCUCAUCAAUAAGUUUGAGGCAACAGCUGGAGGACCGUCCUUCUGCUUGGCCAACCCGAAGACGGGACUGCUCUUUUUCAUCCUGAGUGUCAUCUUCAUGAAACAGGGCGUGGCCAAAGAAAGCCUGAUAUGGAACAUGCUCGAAAAACUCCGCAUUAACCCCACGAAGAAACACGAGGACUUCGGCGACGUCAAGAAGAUGGUCACAGAUGAGUUUGUGCGACAACGGUAUCUGGAGUAUGUACUCAUCCCCCACAGUGACCCACCCGAACACAAUUUUCUCUGGGGUCCGCGUGCUGACAAGGAAGUCUCCAAGGCCAAAAUCCUUCAAUUUGUUGCAGAACUUCAUGACCAGGAUCCUCAAAAUUGGAAACAUCAGUACGCAGAAGCUCACAAGACUCAAGACAGCCAGCCAAGCUCGAGCAGCAAAAGAUAAAUUUUAGCCUUAUAACUUUUUACGUAUUUGUUUGUGAAAGCUUUAAAAUGUUUGUCCUUUCAAUGUUGGCAUGUUUUAGUUGCCCUUCUUUAAACCUUCGAUACCGAACAGCCUAGAUCACUUUGGAAUGUUUUUAUUUGUUAACGUUUAACUUUUCCACCUGUUUUUGAAAUAAAAUAGUUUUGCAUAUA